CGUCGAAUAUCAAUUAAUUUCAUACUCUAGGGUUUAUCGUUAGUUAAUUGCCAGUAUAGUCAAUUUAGGGUUCAUCUAAUGUGGAUUAUUGAACUAUUGGUUAUAAUUACUGAAGUUAUGAAAGAUUAUAACGAGCAAUUUUGUUGAUAUUCUUAAGCGAGAAGAAUUUUAUGUUAUUUUUGGAGCCUAAUUUUGAUGAUUGAGCCUAAUUUGAAUGCUUUGAGCAAGGGAGGGUUAUAGGAUAAUAGGGGUUUUGGAGAUUGAGAAUUUGAGAUGAAGAGAUUUUUGAAUUACUUAUCAAUUUUUAACAUUCUAGCAAAUAUAGACUAUUCCAAGUGCUAGUAUAGUGAGUAAAGAAUGAAGAGAAAGAAGAGCAAGGUUUCGAUAAUCGAUAUUAAUGGCUUAAUGGUGAAACCUUGAAGAUGAAGAUCUUAGUGGAUGUAGCAGGAAUUGUAUAAUUCGCUCCUAUAGAAUUAAUGUAUGGACAAGUAAUUGCCUGUGCUUUACUGAGAAUAUAUGUUCUGUUCUGUUCUGUUUUCGUCCAAAGUCAUUAAAAGUUAUGGACUUAUUGUAAAGCAAAGAAUUGGGAUUAAAUUUGUAUGCAUUUUGUAUAAUGAAAAAAGGGGAAGCUGCUGCUUUUGGAACUAAUUAAGCUACUACAGAAUUGAGGUGAGUAGUUAUAGAUUGAAGUCAUUGAACCUAUUGGAUAGUGUAUAAAGUUUAUCCUUGAUGAUAUGUUUACUUAUUUGGUUCAGUUUGGUGACCUAUUUUUAAAUGUUCUGUGGGUUAGUCUAAUAAUAAGAUCAUCAAUGUAGCUGUCCACGAGUCUAAUUAAUCGCUUUGCAAAUCCAUUAUUACCAGUCCCUUGUUGAUAUCCCCUUUUUAUAUAUUUUGGUGAAGUGCUGUAUAUGUUUUGAGUUUUGUUUUUUCUUCUUUUUCAAUUGUAUAGUGUGAUCGCUAAAGUUGGUUCUUUUUCUAAAAAGAAUGCAUAUGUUGUUAUAAAAAUAUUUAAUAUGAUUGUAUAUGAUUUAUGGCCUAGAACUCUAGAUACCCCUCAAGUUUUAUCUAUUGGAUUUAGGACUUUAGGAGUAAAUCUUUGACAAUCCUUGACUUGAGAUUAUUCUGAAAGUUUAAUUUCAUUUUAGAUGUGAAAAUGUACUUGUGUAUUGUUUUCAAUUCUAAGGAAAUUACAAGAAUGAGUCACUUUGGGGUGAGGAUGCAAUAGAUUAUUGAUUUUUGUUGAACUUGUUGGUAAGAUAUUGAGUUAUCUUAAGUGAUCUGUUAAGAGUAUCUUUAAAUUAGAAGCAAGGCCUUUUGGCUUAGGAUUUACUUAUUUUGUUGUUGAUUAGUAAUAAAAGAGAUGUUUAGAAGUUAAUGAUUACUUGUACGAUCUUUUUUCUUUUCUUGGCAGACGUUGAAAUUUCUGAUUACUUUUGUUUUUUUAUUGUAUGGCAUGAAUUAAACAGUGCUGCAUGGUUACUAUUGGUUGGCUCAUUGGUUGAAGACCAAGAUUAGCAAUAUAUAUGGGUCGUAAUGUAUUAUCUCAGGUUUAGGGACAUAUAGGUGGAUGAUCAAGUUUAGCAUCAAUUUGUCUAUAGUGCGUUUUCUCAUAAUUUGGCUCAUAGGCUGACUUGACAAUAGAGAAGAAAAAGAGAGUGAUGAUUCCCCAGUAAGUGGAGUGUGUUACUGCAAGUUGGUUUUGUGAAAGACAUAUGGUAGAGCGAUUCUUUGAUGGCGGUAGCACCAGCUCUGUUACCACUGUUGCUGUACAACCUCAAGAAGGCUGUUGCUUUACAUCUGAUCCAAUUACGCUGCUCACUGGCCCUCCAUCCUGUGGGAAGACAUCACUUCUAUUUCAGUUCGCUUUGAACAUGGCAGCUCACUGUCAGUCCACGUCACAGGGAUACAUUGUCUUUAUCUGCAAUCGUCGCCGUUUUGAAACCAAACCUCCUUUCCUCUCUCAGGGAGUUGAUGCUUCUUCACAUAUCUUUCAGCGAACUCAUAUCAAGUAUAUAGAUGAUUAUGAUGAUGAAGGCAUCAAGAAAUUUUUUGCUGCCUUCCAUCUUCUUCAUCCAUUGCCCAUUGCUGUUAUUAUUGAUGAUUUUGGUGACUUCUUUCUUGAAAGCAAGUGUCAAAUGAAGUAUAAUAAUCCUCGUGGAAGGGACUUAGCCAUGGUCCGAGUUUUAGCCCUUUGUCAUAGUGCAAUCAUCCAUGCCAGUAAAACAACAGCUUGCCAGCUUUUGCUCUCUGAUACGUAUCAUGGAGACUUUCCUAGACAAUUUAUCUACAAAAGAUGGAUUUCGUCUAUUUUUACAGUCCAAGGUGAAGGUGAUGGAUCUGGCUCAUUUCUUCUUAAACAUAGUGUGCAUGUGCAAGGAAAGAGCAUAGGAAAAAGGAGUGCUAGAUACUCUAUAGCACUUCAGUACCUGGUUUUGGAGGGAGUCAGGGAAGACACAGAUUUGAAUGUGUGAUGUAAUAUGUCACUUGCUUCUGGAGGAUCAAUCCAUCACUCGUUCACCAAUUAUAAUGUGAUAUGAAGGUUUGGGUGCGUGUUCAUGUGGUUACCUUUAGCCUGUGAUUUUCAAAACAAGCUGACGUUGAUCGCAAUGGUAAACUUUUUUUCAUUUAAGUUUUUUUGUUUGUUGUUCUAGCACCCUGUUUUCUAUAACUCUUUUCUUAAUUAAUAUACUCCAUUCAAUUUCUUUAUUCAUUCUACUAUCAUAGCAUGAUGAACUUGUUGAAUCCA